AUGGCGCCACUGAUUAGAAAAAUGGUAGCUACGUUAAGUAAUGAAGAGUGAUACUGGUCAGUAGGACAUGAUAUGUAGCACCUGUGGCCAGCGUUAACCAUGCUUCACCAACGGAAGCGUCGUGAUAACUCCAGCAUAAACCAUUGGCUCGACAAGUUGAACGUGAACGGCUUGGCCGUUCCCAUCGCAGACUGGGAUGAGGUCAUUCCGGCCCCAAAGCUUAACAUUCAUGUCGCCUCCAUACUCGUCUUCCUCAUAGCUGUUGCUUGCUUCUCAAAUAGCUGUUCUGGUGAUUUUGUGUUUGAUGAUCAAGAAGCAGUCAUCAAUAACCAAGAUGUCAGGCCUGAUGCCCCUCUUCAUAAAAUAUUCGAAGAUGAUUUCUGGGGAAGUAAGCUAAAGUCAAAGACAAGCCACAAGUCUUAUAGACCAAUAACUGUUCUGACGUUUCGGCUCAAUUACUACAUGAGUGGUGCCUUAGUACCAUGGGUUUUCCACUGCACAAACAUCGUCCUGCACGGUGUCGUGUGUGCGCUGCUGCUGCGCAUCACCAGCGCGUUGCUGGGUGGCGUGAGGUUUGACGCGGCGGGCGAGAGAGAGUUUGCCGCGCCGCGAUCCUCGCUCCUCGCCACGCUGCUGUUCGCACUGCAUCCCAUCCACACGGAGAGUGUUGCAGCGGUCGUGGGGCGAGCUGAGCUUCUGUGUGCCUUGUUCUUCCUUCUCUCGUUCCUGUGUUAUAUUCGUAGCUGUUAUUCAGAUAUAGAGUAUGCUGUGAUAUCAACUGUACGUCCACCAACCUAUUCAGUUUUCUGGCUAUUGUUGUCUGUUACAUUCAGUUUUCUAUCCAUGCUGUCAAAGGAGCAGGGCAUAACUGUUAUUGGAGUUUGUGCUGCCUACGACGUGAUCGUCGUGUGCAGGGUUGACUUCCUCAGUUCUAUCAGGCCAAGCAGACCUUCCUCUGAGCCUGCUUUAGAUGUGAGCGGUAGCCGAGGCAGCACGCCUACAAGCACUCCCAGAGGAACGCCAAAAAACAGUCCCAUGCACGUCAGAAAGGAGCCGACGGAGUGGCGCCACUGUCUGCUGCACCGGCUGGCCGUGCUGACGCUGUGCGCGGUGGCCAUGCUCGUGCUGAGGUGGCAGAUCAUGGGAUCCGCACCGCCAAACUUCCAGUGCUGGGACAAUCCGGCCGCCUUCUCACCUAGUCUUCUCACGCGGUUUAUCAAUUACAACUACCUGUACACACUGAAUGCUUGGUUGUUGCUAAACCCAACCUGGCUGUGCUUUGACUGGUCCAUGGGCUGUGUGCCACUCAUCGAGUCAGUAUGGGACCCUAGGAUCCUGGCGGUCCUCGUCUUCUGGGCAGUGCUUGGCUAUCUAGUGUGGAUAUGUGUGUGUGAACCGCCUUCAGAAGACACAAGGCUGCUCAUGAUGAUGCUGGCGUUCCUCGUCGUGCCGUUCUUGCCCGCCUCCAACCUCUUCUUCACGGUGGGCUUCGUCAUAGCCGAGCGUGUGCUCUACCUUCCCAGCAUCGGCUACGCGAUGCUCUUCGUCUUCACGCUCAAGGCCGCGCUGCACCACGACGACGACUGCGAGCGCUCGGCCGCGCGACGCCACGUGACCACGAGCACGUACAACAACAACGUGCCGCCGUCCGCCACCGCGGGCGAGGACGACGGGUGCAAGGCGGCGAACGGCAGAGGAGGGGGAGGGAGAGAGGGAGGGGAGGAGCGCGGCGUGGGAGAUUUUAGCGACUUCACGGCGUCACUCGUGCAGGUGUGCACGCUGUUCCUGCUCGUCGUCUUCUUCAUCAGGAGCGUGCAGAGGAGCGCGGAGUGGAGGAAUGAAGAGUUGCUGUUUAAGGCCGGCGAGCGUGUGUGCCCGCUCAACGCCAAGGUGCACUACAACAUCGCCAAGAACACGGCCGACGCCGGCAACAUCGCCGCGGCGAUCGCCAGCUACCGAGAGGCCUUGAGAUUGAACCCGAGGUACGACCAAGCGAUGAACAACCUAGCCAAUAUUUUGAAAGACAUGGGGAGAGAGAUGGAGGCUGAGCAGCUGUUGCUGAGAGCUGUGGAGAUCAGGGCUGAGUUUUCUGCAGCAUGGAUGAACCUGGGGAUCGUGCAGGCAGGAUUGGGUAAGAGUGAAGAGGCACUUCAGAGCUACUUCACUGCCAUCAAGCACAGGAGGAAGUAUCCAGACUGCUAUUACAAUCUGGGAAAUUUGUAUUUAGAGAUGAAGGAACAUGACAAAGCUUUGAAGGCAUGGAGGAGUGCAACCAUUUUGAAGCCAGCACAUAUCAAUGCGUGGAAUAACAUGAUUAUCCUAAUGGAUAAUCUUGGAAAGUUGAAAAAAGCCGAAAUGAUUGGAAAGGAGGCUCUGAAGGUGUUGCCAUCAGCUCCAUCUGUCCACUUUCACCUCGGCAAUAUCCUGGGCAAACUCCCCAGAUAUGUAGAGGCCGAACAACAUUUCAAAAAAGCCAUAGAAGUGGAACCUCAGAAUGCGAAUUACUGGGGAAAUCUAGCUGUUUUGUACCACCGUUGGGAGAAAGAUGAGAAAGCUCUCGAGGCCUAUCAGAAAUCGCUGCAGCUGAAGCCAGAUCUGGAGCAGACGCGUGAGAACCUCGUAAAGUUACAGCGCAAAAUUGCGAAGAGGAAACUAUAGCAUUCACACGAGUUCUAUCAGCAACUGCGUGGUAAAGAUGAAAGCGUAGCAUCUCCGCAGCAGAGUUCUGCUGCGCGCGUCAGCAACUGUAUGGUGAAUGUUGUUAUAGAUUGGUAGCGUUAGGUAGCAAAUAUAUUUUUCAGGCUGGUUGGGUGUGUUCGAUGUGUCAGGUAGAUAGAUUAAGACCGCGUUGUAAUGGAUAGAUGGAGGAGUCCUGUUGUGUCAGUACUGAGCCUGGUGUUGUCAAAUUCGCUAUUUGUCAUUUAGCAUUUGUUAUGGCUAAUACAUUUUUUCACUUUCUUCAUCCUAUCCUUCUCUCUCCUCUCUCUCUCUCUGUUUUCUCUCUCUCUCUCUCUCUCU